CCCGUCGGCGAGCGGCUCCCUCCUCGUCGCCGGCGUCGUGCCCCGCCGUCUACACGGGCGCAGAGGCUCGCCGCCUCAAGGACCGGGUUACAGGCCCCGGUCUCCGGCCAAGCUGCCGUCCAGGGGUUCGACGCCGUCGGGAGUCAGACGCCUUGGGAGGUCACGCCGUAUCCCGCCUGCAUGCGUCCCUCGCCGACGCAUCUCCAACUCACCAUGGACGGCUUCCUCGUCGGGCUCGAUCUUCUUCUCCAGCCUCUGUUUUGCUAGCCUAGCUUUCCUCCGGCCGCAGCAGCACUCAAGCCGUUCGCCGCUGCUACCUCCGGCCGUUCAACUACACUGCGCCCUCACCUCAUUGCCAUUCCACAUCCUUGGAUGGAUUCUUCCUCACUGCUGCCGGCACCACCACGGGAAUUGCAGUCGCAACCAGAUGGCACACCACCACCGCGAGCCACUCGUCGGCGACCACCAGCCCAUGUGUGCACACGGGGCCUCAUGCGCGGCGCCACUGAUGGGGAUUGGGCGUGACCUGCACCUGGAGGAGGCCUCGACCUGCAGCUAGAAGAGGCCUCGACAUGCAGCUGGCCGCGUGCCGCCACACCAGUCUACAACCUAUAGCUGGCGCCGCACGCCCAGGCCGUUCAACUUUGGCACAGCAGGUCGUUCAACUCCGCCUGUGCUCCUCUUAGAUUACCUUCAGUCAAGACUGAACACAAAAAAUCAAUCAAUUCGGUACAGUGCGGUUGUCUUGAUUAGUCUUUCUUGCAAACAAAAAAGAAAUGCACGUACCUUUUGCAUGUAUGAAAUGGGGAGCCAGAAAAUGUGAACUACCCUGUGGAAUCUUCAUAUACUUCCCACUGCCUCUUCUCUUCUUUUUGCUGUGAGUCUGUAAAUUGAAGAUUAGUCAUAACAGGGGAAGAAAUAGUUACAGAGAGUUUUUCGUAAAAAUUCAGAGAUGUUGUUUAGAUCUCUAUGGACUUUCGUACAUGUUUAUGCUAGUUCAUGCUCGUUUGUACUUUCUUUUCUUCUUACUCUGGUUCAGAUUUUGGUUCGAAAAGUAUGUGCAUGUUGAUAGAGACAAUCUGUACAAAGAACUUCAAAUAUUAUUGCCCCCUAGGUUCAUGUCUUCACAAGAUGUACCA